ACUUUACUUCCUUCCGGGAUGAUGGCUGCCGAGCAAGAGGUGGUUGUGUUGACCAGGGACGAGAACAACAAGGCUACAGUAAAUCUCCACGGAGGAACUCUGCAGUCGUGGGUUCAUAAUGGAACUGAGAUGAUCUUUGUCAGCAAAAAUGCAGUCUUUGACAACAAGAAAGGGAUAAGAGGUGGAAUUCCAGUCGUGUUUCCUCAGUUUGGUCCCUGGGAGCUAGGACCUCAGCACGGGUUCGCCCGCACCUCCAGAUGGCAGUGCACCUCUCCUCCCAGCACUAACUCAGGUGGUGAUGUAAGUGCAACGUUCACCCUGACUGAUACGGAUGCCACCAGAGCCAUCUGGAACCACAAGUUUAAGUUGGAUCUUGUAGUUGUGGUAAAGGCGGGCAGUCUAGACACAUCUCUCACUGCCACCAACAACAAUGCUGCGGAGUCCUUUUCGUGUGUCACAGUGUUGCCUUGCCUCCAUCACGUAUGUCGUCUCCUGAUGUGCAUUUCCAGUCAACCGUGUUGUCUGGUGUCGGUGGACUGGACAUACAUUGACAGCAAGACUGAGGCGGAGGAAAAGAAAACAAGGACAGGAGGGAAACCCCAGACAGUAUCAAAAUAUGGGACUAUAUUUAUCUGGAGGCAGUCAAAGAUCAUGUCAUAACCAUGCUGCUGGUGGGAAGACCAUUUGCCUCAAGAAACCAAUUGCCUGAUACCGUUGGUUUGGAAUCCAUGGAGUGAGAAAGCUAAGGCCAUGAGUGACUUCGGAGAUGAUCAGUACCCCAACAUGUUAUGUGUGGAGGCAGGCUAUGUCAGCCAGCCAGUCGCCCUCUCUCCUGGAAAGAGCUACACUGGCUCUCAGACUCUCACCAUCCAGUGACCGACCCUCUCUAGUCUCCUCUAGGAACAUUACUAUGAGCACUGUUAAAAUUGUUGUUUAUGGUGGUAAGCUACAAAUGACCGUUACUACAAGGGCUGUGUAUUAUGACAGUGUAUUUGACCCUUUUUGUUCAGAUAUACAGCACUUCAAAGUAUA